GUUCCGCUUCUCGGCUGUUGCCGCCGCCGCCGCCUCUGUUGCUGGGGUGGGUGAGAGGAGGGGCUGAGAGGGACCCUGCACUGGCAGGCAGGCGCCCUUGCUGUGUUUGUACCUGAGGGGCCUCCUUUCUCCGUCACCCCUAGAGUGCCGCGGGGUCGAGGGGCAGUCCCCGGGGACACCUCGGCACGCAGCGGACAUGCCUCUCUUUGCCACCAACCCCUUCGACCAGGAUGUUGAGAAAGCAACUAGUGAGUUGAAUACUGCUGAGGACUGGGGCCUCAUCUUGGAUAUUUGUGAUAAGGUUGGCCAAUCUCGCACAGGACCUAAAGAUUGUCUUCGUUCCAUUAUGAGAAGAGUGAACCAUAAAGACCCCCAUGUUGCUAUGCAAGCCUUAACUCUUCUGGGAGCAUGUGUAUCAAACUGUGGCAAAAUUUUUCACUUAGAAGUAUGUUCAAGAGACUUUGCUAGUGAAGUAAGCAAUGUAUUAAAUAAGGGUCAUCCUAAAGUAUGUGAAAAAUUAAAGGCUCUUAUGGUUGAAUGGACAGAUGAAUUUAAGAAUGAUCCACAGCUUAGUCUGAUAUCGGCAAUGAUCAAGAACCUUAAGGAACAAGGUGUAACAUUCCCAGCUAUUGGCUCUCAGGCUGCAGAACAAGCAAAAGCAAGCCCAGCUCUCGUAGCCAAGGACCCUGGGACUGUGGCUACCAAAAAGGAAGAAGAAGAUUUAGCCAAAGCUAUUGAGUUGUCCCUGAAGGAGCAAAGGCAGCAGUCAGCCCCCGUGUCCACGCUGUACCCCAGCACAUCUAACCUCCUCACUAACCACCAGCACGAAGGCAGGAAAGUCCGCGCCGUGUACGAUUUUGAAGCCGCUGAGGAUAAUGAGCUUACCUUUAAAGCUGGAGAAAUCAUUACAGUCCUUGAUGACAGUGAUCCCAACUGGUGGAAAGGUGAAACCCAUCAAGGCGUGGGGCUUUUUCCUUCUAAUUUUGUAACUGCAGAUCUUACUGCUGAACCAGAAAUGAUUAAAACAGAGAAGAAGACGGUACAGUUCAAUGAUGAUGUUCAGAUAGAGACAAUAGAACCAGAACCAGAACCAGCCUUUAUUGAUGAGGAUAAAAUGGACCAGUUGUUACAGAUGUUGCAAAGUACAGAUCCUAGUGAUAAUCAGCCAGACUUGCCAGAGCUGCUUCAUCUUGAAGCAAUGUGUCACCAGAUGGGACCUCUCAUUGAUGAAAAGCUGGAAGAUAUUGAUAGAAAACAUUCAGAACUGUCAGAACUAAACGUGAAGGUGAUGGAAGCUCUCUCACUGUAUACGAAGUUAAUGAAUGAAGACCCAAUGUACUCUAUGUAUGCAAAAUUACAGAGUCAGCAGUACUAUCUGCAGUCGUCGGCUGUCUCUGCUUCCCAGGUAUAUCCAGGGCCUGCGCAGAGCGGUACCUACCUGGUUGCAGGGAGUGCACAGAUGACCCAUCUGCAGAGCUACAGCCUUCCCCCAGAGCAGCUGUCUUCUAUCAGCCAAGGAGCAGUUCCAUCCUCUGCAAAUCAAGCUCUUCCUAGUCAGCAGACCCAGGCUUCUUACCCGAAGUAAUUUGCUAUUGAUGGUUGUUGGGGUUAACAUUGAAAAUGUUUAAUUCAUUACAAUGAUUAAUAAGCAUAAAUCUGGAUAAGAAAAACAGGCAGUAGGCAUCGCUGUUCAGACUGCCCCAUUUGUGUCUAGAGUUGGCUUUGUAAGAACACGGGUGAAGUCUUUUCCUUGAAGAGUUUACCAGCAGUGUUUCUGUGUAGCACAGGCACACGUCCAGAAAGCAGCAGUGUCUGUAAAUGUCCUGUAUGUACCUUGUUAUUGCAGUGUCCGCCACAAAGAGUGGGUGAGCUUUUAAAGACAUUGUUAUGUUGUCAUGUCCCGGAUGUUAACGUGACUUCAAGGAAGAUAGUGAAGAAGCCCAAUUUGGGCUGCAUGAUAUGGACCAAGUGCUCAGAUUAUAUCUAACACACUGACUCCAUAUAUUAUAUCUAACCUACUGACUCCAUAUAUUACCUAUGAGAGAGGCAACAUUGGCACUCCAUUUUGUUAAUGGGAAACUGAGAUGCAGACUAAGGCCCCACUUAGUUAAGAUCCAAAACCAGGCAUUGAGGUCAGAACACUGAAAUUGAACUUCCUUUCUCUCACUGCAGCACAUUAGGAAUGAUGAUGGAUGGGUGUGUAGUAAAUAUUCUCUUAAAGCCUAGCUGUCUCCCUUUAUGUUACAGACCUUGUCUCUUUUCAGAGUGCUCCUAUCUACCUGGUAGCUGAGACUAACUACUGUAGUUCACACUACUUUUUCUUAUCUCUCUUCUGCAUUGUCUAUCAUGACAACUAAUAUGUAACUAUUUACUAAUGCCCAAAAUAAAUCCUUUACAUUAAUAUCAUGAUACAUUACAGUUGGAUACUAGUCAUUUCUUACCUAAUCACCAUGGCUGCACAGCUUUUUGUCCUUAUAAAUGAGUUUGUCAAAAUACUGCAUAAAGGUGAGUUUCUCAUUAACUCAGAGUGCUCCAUUCAUUUUUCAGUCCUCACCAGUGUAUCUGUGGUGUAUCUCUCUGAUCCUGUCAUCUACUUUAACCCCUUAGUUACUGUACUAACAGUGUGUGCUAGCACACUCCAGUCCCUUUGCCCUCUUGUCUGCUCCUGCCAUAGGUUCCACACCAUGCCACACUACUAUAUUUUUGAUGGGUGUGUAACAUCUUUCUAUUUUUACCUCUUCUUGGAAAGAUACAAGUUGGAUAUGUAUUCUUGGAGAACGGCCUCAAAGCUUGAGACACUUUAUUGCACUGAGUAUAUACCUGUAUUUCUAAUUUAUUGCACAAUAAAUUGUACAUUUUAUAGAUAACCCCAACUAGACAGUGUUUUGAAACUUAAGAGACUAAAUCAUAUUUGUAUAAGAAGUACUAAGCAUAUGUUCACUAAGUUUUCUUUCUCAUUUUUGAUUGAUUUUGCUUUUCUUCUUGAUCAGUGUUGCCAUGUUUGUGAAUUUAUCACUCAUUUCAAGGGGCUAAUAUUAUCAUUGAUGACUUUAUUGUUGAAUUGUUGCUUUUUAAAGUUAUUUCUCUUUAUUUCCAUCUUUCUAUUAUUUUUUAAUCUAACAUAUUUUCUGACUUUGGAAGUACAUACCUAUAUCAAAUAUUCCCUUCUCUCAGUGAGACCUUUCUUGACUACUCAUUUCAAAUAGAAAAUCUUGUAUCAGUUAUUCUAAAGAAAUUGCUUUUGUCUCUGUCCACCCACCAGCCUCACAUUCUUCACAGUGCUGGGAUCAAACCCAGGACCUUAUAUAUCUUCUACCACCAGUUUCUCUCUCAUUUCUCAUUAAAUUCUUAAACAUCUGUUUAACAGAUGAAAAGUGAUUAAUAGACCAGUAAGUUAAAGUGGAUUCAUCCUUUCUCCUCAAAACACUGUUACUACUGGAGGUAGCUGUGGACAUUACAUGAGUACCACCUCCUGAGUGAACACCUUCCAAACGUCUUGGGGACAGAUGGCUGAAAGUUCUUAAUUCUAAGAUGAAAGCUGUAGGGAAAGAAAGAAGAAAUGGCCUCCUAUGCAUCCCUGUUGGUUCUUUAGUACCGAGGUGUCAGCCCCGAAGCCAUGAACAAAAACAUACAUACAUAUAUACAUACACAUUACACACGUGCGUGUGUAUGUGUGCAUGUGUGCAUGUAACAAUAAUCCGAGAAAAGGAAGCUAUCAACCUGAGAGUAGGGCUCCAUGGGAGGGGCUGGCGGGAAGAGGAAGGAACAGUGAUGUAACCUUAUUUUAAUUAAAAUAUGUAAAAGAUUUUCAAAAAGAGAAAUAGCCUUCCAGAUGUGUGCUGAGAAGGGCUGGGAAAACCUGCCUGUGAGUCAGUGAGAAUCCGCCCGGCCUGCAAUUAUGGCUGAAAGCUCAGUCAGAGGCACAGCACACCUGACCCACCCCUUGCUUUUCCUAACAUUUUUCUUUUCAGAUCCUCCAUUUCCUCUGCCAGCAGUUGCCCUAUUUCUCCUGCUAAACAGACACUUGUUUUCAUAUAUGUACAAAUAUAUAUCAAUUCUUGUAUUGCCUCGGAGUCUCUGUAAUACCCUUUGAAGGAAUUAAAAGCCGUCCCUCACCUCUGUCUUAA